UUCUAGCCAAGCGGUUUGCCGGAGUUUGCCAGCGAAAAGUGGCGAAAAUAAAGUACCGAGAACGGAAGUCCGAAAAUUCGAACUCGAAUUUCCGCCAGCAAAAAGAAUCGGAGCGCUCCGGUGCGCAUACGCCGUGCGUGUUUCCCAUUCCACAAUAAGGCACUAUAUAAAAAUAUAAAGUCGGUUAAAGUGCCGCCAGCACGUGCAUUAUCUGAAGUUGUUUUUUAUUUUUUACGUUCCAUCGCCGUUUGUUUUUGUUUUUUAUAAGCAUUCGUAAUCCGAUAUGGUUAGAACUACGUCCCUUUUCUUAAGCUUAUUCGUAAUAAUAUGUGGAAGCAUUUUACCGGAUAUUCAAGCGAAAGCAGCAACUGGCAACGGAAGCAAUUUUCUGGAGGUCUCACUACGGUAUUUUGACGAGCAGCUUCUGCUGGAUAUUCUUCCACGUGCCACGUGUCCUGGCGAGAAUGAAGGAUCUCCGAUGGACGAGUUUGCCGACCUGUUUACGGUGGAACAGCUCCGCCAGGGAUGGGUGGUGCUGCACGUCUUUGCCGCGGUUUACUUUUUCAUCCUGCUCGCCAUUAUCUGCAACGACUACUUCUUGCCGACGGUGGAAUGCAUCUGCGAGGACUUGCACCUAUCAAAGGAUGUGGCGGCGGCCACUUUCAUGGCCACAGCCACCUCCAUGCCCGAGUUCUUUACCAACACGAUCAGUACGUUGAUCCUGGAGUCGGAUAUGGGCCUGGGGACGAUCAUCGGCUCAUUAAUGUUCAAUACACUGGGCGUGGCCGGAUUGGCCGCACUGGCCAUCGAUAAGCCAGUGCAGCUUGACUGGUGGCCAAUAGCCCGCGACUGCUUCAUCUACAUCUUCAACACGAUUAUCCUGCUGGUUUUGGCCUGGGGCGGCAGUAUUAGCUUCACGGAGUCCUGCAUCAUGAUGGGAUUCCUAGUUCUCUAUUACCUAAUCACGUUCAACAACAACAAGUUUAUGCCAGCCAUCCGGGUAUUUAUUGAGGAUCGGAUGAAUUGCUGUUUCUCCACACGAUAUGACCUAACGGAGCCCCCAGAGAACAGUGCCAAGGCCCAGCUGCCGCUCAAGAAGGAUCCACUCUCGGGCGAUGGCCUCUUUGUGGUCAAUCUUCCCGAAAACACCUCGUCCAUGUCCUCUACCGCCAAUCUCACGCACUCAAAGCACUGGAACGACGAGGAUUACGAGGAAGACGGUAUGCCUGAAAGUAUAUACACUUACCCGCGGGACGCCUCCGGAUGGAUGCAGUUCUGGUGGAUCUUCGUCUUCCCCAUUAGGUUUACGCUAUCCUUGCUGAUCCCCCACCCGAUGAAGUACCGCCGCCUGUAUCCAUUAUCUUUUAUCAUGUGCAUCCUGUGUAUUGGCGGUAACGCCUAUCUCAUUGUCUGGAUGCUGACUGCCUUCGGUGUGGCCAUCCAUGUGCCCACCAUUGUGAUGGGUCUGACCUUCCUGGCAGCUGGGUCCACCAUGCCGGAAGCCGUGUCCAGCCUUAUAUCGCUAAGAAAUGGUGAAAAUGGCAUUGGCGUUUCGAAUUCGUUGGGCGCCAAUUCGCUGGCUAUAUUGUUAUCGCUGGGAGUCCCAUGGUUUGUCAAGAACUGUAUAAACUACGGCACCGGGGAGCCCCAGCAAGUGGGCACUCAAGGCAUCGAGUACAACAUCCUAAUCCUAAUAAUAUCCACGGUGGCGCUUUUCGUUAUCCUCAGCUUUAGUGGCUAUCGUCUUACCAAACGUGUAGGCGUGGCCCUCUUUACGGUUUAUGGAGUGUUUAUCGUUCUGCAGAUCCUCAUCGAAAUGAACGUCUUCUUCCCCAGAGAUUGCAGUAGCUAGUAAUGGACCUGGAUCUGGAAACCUAGAAAUGGGAAAAACCGACACUUGCACAAUCCUUUUGGUGCUGGCACCAGAAGGUUAAUACCCCGGCAACCCGCUUACAGGGUCUGAAUUCGUUUUGAACUCUUUUUUGGUUAUUACUAUUUCUGGUAAAGUUUAAAUUAUUUAAAUGAUAAGUACAACAACGACUUCCUUUUGUAAUUAUCAUUUUAAUAUUCAACCGCAAAUCGGAAACAGUACAUACCAAAUAUUUUUUUUACACUAGUUUACGCUUGGUUAUUGCCUAAGACUGUCAUUAGGUUUAGACAACGAAGCUUUCAGCAGCGAUUUCUAUUUAUUUCGUGUUAUACAUAUUGUAAAUAUGACUCUUUGUAUAUCCCAUAGCCUGUAGUACCAUUCACAAAUGUUUAAACCGUUACCAAAGCCCAAAACGAGAUACUAGCAGUUAAGAGGAUAAGCACACGCAUAUCAACAUAUAAGAGCCCACGAUAUUUACCCGUUCUGUCCCGGGCCCAAAAAUUCUAAGAAAAGUUCGUAAGGCCACUCACAAUAACCUCUAAUUGAUAUUCUGCACAUUCAUGUAUGCUUAACGCUGUAGGAACGAAUUGUUAACGUUAUCUAAUACCCUCGAUACAAUUGUUAUUAAUUUAUAAAUACACCCUAAGAUUAAUGUGA